AGUUUCUCAGCAGAAGCCCGACGAGGGCAACAGGGAAGCCGGUCAUUUUUGUGGACAGCACAGCAAAGACUCCCUGACGUGGAAACAUGCCUCUGCGGUUAGACAUCAAGCGGAAGCUGACUGCUCGGUCAGACAGGGUGAAGAGCACCGACCUGCACCCCACUGAGCCCUGGAUGGUGGCGAGCCUCUACAGCGGCACUGUGGUGGUCUGGAACCACGAGACACAGAUGAUGGUGAAAACCUUUGAGCUGUGUGACCUGCCUGUCAGAGUGGCCAAGUUUGUAGCCAGGAAACACUGGGUUAUUACUGGAGCUGAUGAUAUGCAGAUCCGUGUGUUCAAUUACAACACGCUGGAGCGAGUUCACAUGUUUGAGGCUCACUCUGACUACAUCCGCUGUAUCGUCGUCCACCCGACACAGCCCUACAUCCUCACCAGCAGUGACGACAUGUUGAUCAAGCUGUGGGACUGGGACAGAAAGUGGUCGUGCAGUCAGGUGUUUGAGGGACACACUCACUACGUCAUGCAGAUUGUCAUCAACCCCAAAGACAACAACCAGUUUGCCAGUGCCUCUUUGGACAGAACCAUUAAGGUGUGGCAGCUCGGCUCCAAGACUCCCAACUUCACUCUGGAGGGCCACGAGAAGGGUGUGAACUGUAUUGACUACUACAGCGGAGGAGACAAGCCCUACCUCAUAUCAGGGGCUGAUGACCGCCUGGUCAAGAUCUGGGAUUAUCAGAAUAAAACCUGUGUUCAGACUCUGGAGGGUCACAACCAGAAUGUGACCUGCGUCAGUUUCCAUCCAGAGCUGCCAAUCAUCCUCACCGGCUCUGAGGACGGCACUGUUCGAGUGUGGCACUCCAACACCUACAGACUCGAGAACACGCUCAACUACGGCAUGGAGAGGGUGUGGUGUAUAUGUGGACAGCCUGGCUCCAACAGUGUGGCGUUGGGCUACGAUGAAGGCAGCAUCAUCAUCAAGAUGGGUCGUGAGGAGCCGGCCAUGUCCAUGGACUCCAGCGGGAAGGUCAUGUGGGCCCGCCACUCCGAGGUGCAGCAGGCCAACCUGAAGGCCAUGGGAGACACUGAGAUCAGAGACGGAGAGAGGCUGCCGCUGGGCGUCAAAGACAUGGGCAGCUGUGAGAUCUUCCCCCAGACCAUCCAACACAGCCCCAACGGGAGAUUUGUAGUGGUGUGUGGAGAUGGGGAGUAUAUCAUCUACACCGCCAUGGCCCUGAGGAACAAGAGCUUCGGCUCAGCUCAGGAGUUUGUCUGGGCCCAUGACUCCUCUCAGUAUGCCACAAGGGAAGGCAGCAGUAUGGUCAAAAUAUUCAAGAACUUCAAAGAGAAGAAGGCUUUUAAACCUGACUUUGGGGCUGAAGGUAUCUUUGGUGGCUUCUUACUUGGAGUGAGGUCAAACAGCGGCCUGGCCUUCUAUGACUGGGAGAGUGCUGAGCUGAUCCGCCGGAUCGAGAUCCAACCUAAACAUAUCUUCUGGUCAGACUCUGGGGAGCUCGUGUGUCUCAGCACAGAUGAGUCUUUCUUUGUGCUACGCUUCCUACAAGAGAGAGUGGCAGCGGCUCAGGAGUCCAAGGAGGAGAUAACAGAUGAUGGGAUAGAGGGCGCCUUCGAGGUGCUGGGGGAGGUCUCAGAGGUGGUGAAGACAGGGGUUUGGGUGGGAGACUGCUUCAUCUACACCAGCUCUCUGAACAGACUAAACUACUAUGUUGGAGGAGAGAUCAUUACCAUUGCUCACCUGGACAGGACCAUGUAUCUGCUGGGCUACAUCCCCAAAGACGAUCGUCUGUACCUUGGAGACAAGGAGCUGAACGUCAUCGGCUACUCCCUACUGCUGUCAGUGUUGGAGUAUCAGACAGCAGUCAUGAGGAGGGAUUUCAGCACAGCCGACAAGGUGCUACCCACAAUCCCCAAGGAGCAGAGAACCAGGGUAGCCCUGUUUUUGGAGAAACAGGGCUUCAGACAGCAGGCCCUGGCUGUGUCCACCGACCCGGAGCACAAGUUUGAACUGGCCCUGCAGCUGGGAGAGCUCAAGAUAGCCUACCAACUGGCCGUGGAGGCAGAGUCGGAGCAGAAAUGGAAGCAGUUGGCGGAGCUCGCAACGACAAAGUGCCAGUUUAGCUUGGCUCAGGAGUGUUUGCACCAGGCUCAGGAUUACGGGGGAUUAUUGCUGUUGGCCACCGCCUCGGGCAACGCCGACAUGGUGGGAAAACUGGCCGAGGGAGCAGAGAGGGAUGGCAAGACCAACGUCGCCUUUCUUACUUACUUCCUGCAGGGAAGAUUGGACAAAUGUCUGGACCUUCUCAUCGAAACAGAUCGGCUGCCAGAGGCUGCAUUUCUGGCGAGAACAUAUCUGCCCAGCCAUGUGUCGAGGGUGGUGAAACUGUGGAAGGAGAGUCUUUCCAAGGUGAACCAGAAGGCAGCAGAUGCUCUGGCUGACCCCUCCCAGUACAGCAACCUGUUCCCUGGCCUCCAGCAAGCCCUGCUGGCUGAGGAGUACCUGAAGGAGACUCACGUCAGGGUCAGGCCUGCUGCAGAAUACCCACUCAUCAUGCCAAACGAGGACCGAAAUGUUCUGGACGAAUCUGCAGGUUUUGUGUCCAAAGGAGAGAUCACUGAGCCAGAGGAAGUGGUGAAGAGCGUUAAUGAAGUGGUCAUGGUAGCAGCAGUGACUGAGGCUGUAUCUGCAGAAGCGGCAGUGGUGGAGGAACCAGUUCCACUACAGCAGGACAUAAUUGAUCCUGUUUCCGCAACACGAGAAGAAUCCAUCCCAACAGCAGCAUCUCCUCUGCCUGUCACAGUAACAGAAGCGCAUGUUGAACCAGAGAAAGCGGAAUCUGUGUCUUCUGAGGAGGACGCCGUCCCUGCGUCAGACGAGCCUUUAGUCUCUGUCGAGGAAGACAUUGUAGAGUCCACCUCAGAGAUUGCCCCCGAGGAGCCUGCGAUGGUACAACCCAGUCCUGUGGAAGAUGUUGCAUCAUCAGUUGAGACAAAUGUUCUGGAAAUUUCUCCAGCUACUGAUGCCGAGCUUGCUUCCUGUGUAUCUGAAACAUAUCUAAUCAAGACAACAUCAGAAACCAUCAUGGCAACAGAAGAAACACCAAGUGAGACACCGGCAACAGAUGCCUUCAUUAGCACUGGUCUGUUAGUUGAUACUGAUGUAACAGAGUCCGUAGCAACUGGAGAAAUGCCUGUUAAUGAAGAACUGGAAACGGCUAUCAUCUCCUCAGAAGCAGCAACCAUUGUAGAAACAGAAGCAGAGGAGACUCGUGUUACAGAGGAACUUGUUUCAGAAACAGCGGUGCCAGCUGCAGUGGAGGAGCUGAUCUCCUUUGAAAACACAGCCAGUCCAGUGCUGGAUGAGCCUGUCCAAGCCCAAACUUGUACAGAUUUUGCCCUUGAUCCACUGCUGGGCCCACUGGAAGAUACAAUGCCAGCACUGAAGCCAGUUCCAGCACAAGAACCAGAACAAGAGGAACAAACCACGGCACUCCCAGUAAAGCCCGAGGACAACCUGGAGCCUGCUGUGCCUCUGCAGGCUGAGCCAGAGGUUGUAUCCCCAGCAGCAGCUCCCGCAGAGGGGAACACAGCGGAGGAGGAGGAAGGUCCUGCGGGAGAUAAGAAACCUGCAGAGGAUCUUGAAGCAGAGAUAAAUGAGGAGGCCCUGGAUGAUCUGGAUCUGGACAAUUUUGACCUGGAAGAUAUCGACACCACAGAUGUCAACCUGGAUGACGAUUUUUUGAGUGAAUAGGAAGAAGAAUCUUUCACGAACCAAACUUUUCUAUUUUUUCAGUGACCAAAGAGCACAGGGCUGUUUUUCGACACACUGAAAUGCCUUGAAGCUUAAUUCUUUUUUUUUUUUGGUUAUGGACUAAAAUAUUAUUUAAAAAGAUGUACCUGCUUUUUGUAAAUUUGUGGUACUGUAAAACUUAAUUGUUCAAAAUAACACCUCCAAGAAGACAGGUUUAACCACAAAUUAAGUUACAGCCUUGAUUAACCGUUCUGACGUGUCCAGGCUGUGUUUAAACCCGACCUGUGAGACCAAACACAUAUAGUGGCGCUCUGUCGUAAAAGUCGAGGGCAAAUUGAAAGGAUCCCAAAUGUGCUUAAAGGGAAAUUGAGAGGCAAAUUCCCUCCCCUUCUGGUAUCCUCCAUGGGACCUUAUGCUGGAAAAAAAUGUACAGUAGUCAAUGGCAAAACAAAUAUUGUUUUGCAUCCAAAUUCUGCUAUGAGUUACACAUAUGAUUUUUGUCAUAGUACUAUUUAGUUUUGUGCAAAACCUUAGUGAACAACAUCUCUUUACUUGCACAAUAUACAGGCAUGCUGAGUAACUUAGCUAUGUUUCCCAAACUACUGUAGCGUUAUCUCUCUGGAUCUCGUAUGCUGUGUUUUAUCCAGAAACUCUGGGUCAUUUUAUCAGCUAGGAAGCAAAAGAAUGAGCAGGACACAAUUGCUCGUGUAAAUGCAUUCCAGUUGAAAACACACAAGUAUUGUUAGAAGUUAAUGUCACCUAUGCAAUUUCUGUAGUCUUUUGAAUUAUGUCUUAUUCUUCAACAAUUUUACAACAAAAUUUGAUUUUCUUGACUUGCAAAAUUAUGUUUUAUGUUGUAGUUCAUGGCAUAAUUCAAAAGGGAUUAAAAAAAGCUCACGUUUAUUACCAUUUUUACACUACACAUUUUUUAUCAAUACUGUCACCGUGAAGGUUGUGUUUUAGUUCUUUCACAUCACAAAUUUAAGUGUCAUUAGUUUACAAUAAGAAUCUGUAUUUAGUGGUAAUGUUUCUCAUCUCUCUGUGCCAUAUGCUUUACUAGUUGACUGCGUAACAUGAAACGUAUGAAGUUACUUUUUUUUUCCUCAUACCUCAUACAGCGUGACACAACUGUUGAUCAGGGUGUUAUCCAAGCUUUUGAAGAAUUCUUCAGGUUUAAAUACUGCCUUCAGUUUUGAAGUGAAAACAUUCCUGCUGGAGGUAAUCAGAGCAGUAUUUUUGAACAACCAUCUAGUACAAGUCUGCCUGCACCAAAUUAGUGCCAGUUUUUAUAAAUAGUAUGCAUUCAACAAUCAGCCCACACUUUGGUUACAUCCUGUGUCCUUAUUACCUCUCUGUUGUUGAUGUCCUAAUAGUUUGGUGCAUGUUUACCUCUCACAGCUUGUAUUAUCCCAUACUGCUGCUUUUAGUCUUAUCAGGUGAACUUUAAUGCAAUCUACAGUAUGUUUCUGUUACAAGUGCCUUAUAUUUGUUGUUUAAGGGAUGUGUUUUCCCCUUCUUUUAAAAAGGAUGGAUGGUACUAUGUAUCCAGGCUUGGAAAUUGAAUUAAAUAAAUUUUAACCAAUAAAGUCA